GAAUUAUUGUGACGGGCGAUAUGCAAUCCUUCAAGGAUGCUAGGUCUUUAAGUGACAUUAUGUCUGGAGUAGUUGCUUCAAACAUGUAUUAUUAUAAAUUUAUUGCUCCGUUAAUGUUAAAAAUCCUGAUUGUUUUGUACCGUUUUUAUAUAAUCUGACUACAACUUUAUGUUUGCUCAUCAGAAACACGGUGACGCUUAUUGAAAACUCCUCUUCAUGUCGCGGGUCAAAGUAGCAGCUUUGUGCCUCUCUGUGCCUCUAGUUUGCAUAGAUAUCAUCCUUUGCUUCCGGACUUUUUUUUUUUAUAACUUGCAGGCAGUGCCUAUAAUGCAAGUUAACUUUUACUUCCUUGUACACACAGGCUGAUAGAGGAACUGACCGUCCUGCGGCUGGCCUUUUCACAACACCACAUCCUCUCCAGCUUCAUUUCAUAACUUUUCAAGCCAUGGUUGAAUAUUAAAAGACAAAACAAACGCCGACUUUCUUUGUGAAGAAGCUUAUUCACUCGAAAGCUGCAGACAUGGCUUGUUUCAUGCAGCAGGGCGAGAUGACGGAGUACAAGAAGAUCCUGAUCAAACGGGACUUGGAGAUGGGCGUGGUCAUGACGGUGUUCCGGCAGAAGGCGGAGCGGCUCACGGUGCAGGUCAUCAUGGAGACCCGGCAGGUGGCGUGGACCCGCACCGCAAACAAAACCGACGGUGUCUUGGACCUGUUUGAGAUCAGGGAAAUUCGUCCYGGCAGAAACUCCAAAGACUUCGAACGCUUCAAAGAUGGGAAGGACAGACACGACGAGAACACCUGCUUCACCAUUUUCUACGGCUCCCAGUUCGUCCUGAGCACCCUCAGUCUCGGAGCUGAUUCUGUCGAGGAGGCACAGAAAUGGCUCAUAGGACUCGAACUGCUGAGGGAGGAAACUCUGGCAGCUCCAACUCCAGUUCUUAUAGAAAGUUGGUUGAGGAAACAGAUGUAUUCUGUCAAUCAGACCAAGAAAAACACCCUCUCUGCAAAAGAACUGAAGGCUCUGCUUCCUACAUUUAACUAUAAACCUCCCAACUCUUGGACCAUCAAAGACAAAUUACAGGACAUUGGAGCAAAGAAGGAUCGUCUGGAUUUUGUGCAGUUUCACAAGUUUUAUAACAUGAUCAUGUUUGAACAGAACGAGAUCCUUGAUGAAUUCAAGAGGGAAAACUGUUCUUUUAUUCUGGGAAACACAGAUAAACUGGACGCCUCAGCUGUUCUGCUGCAUGAUUUUCAACGGUUUCUCAUUUACGAUCAAAAGGAACCCUGGGCCAGUGAUCUAAACCAGGUCAGAGAACUGAUGACCGUAUUUAUUGAUGACACCAUGAGGAAAACCAACGAUCCCGAGUUCACCGUUAGCGAGUUCCUCAGCUUCCUGUUCUCCAAGGAGAACUCUGUUUGGGAUCAGAAGUUCUCAGAGAUCAACAACCUGGACAUGAACAACCCGCUGUCCCACUACUGGAUCAACUCCUCGCACAACACCUACCUGACAGGUGAUCAGCUGUUCAGUGAGUCGUCCACAGAGGCGUACGUUCGCGCUUUACGUAUGGGAUGUCGCUGUGUUGAACUGGACUGCUGGGAGGGUCCAGGGGAGCCAAUCAUCUAUCACGGCCGGACCAGGACCACCAAAAUUAAGUUUGAGGAUGUGGUCAAAGCCAUCAACGAGCAUGCAUUUGUCACCUCAGAAUUUCCAUUGAUCCUGUCCAUAGAGGAACACUGUCCUCUGGAGCGUCAGAUGGCGCGGAUCUUCAAAGACGUGUUCGGAGACAAACUUCUGACCGAACCGGUGGAGCAAAUGGCCGAACAGCUGCCCUCGCCGACGCAGCUGAAGGGCAAGAUCAUACURAAGCACAAGAAGCUGAACGUGGAGGGCGGAGUCGAGAUGACUAAUGACUUCAGGAAGGGACAGAAGCAAGGAGACCUGGAGAUCUGGGACCCCGUGGACCAGCGGUGGAACAAACACUACUGUGUGAUCUCUGGUGACAAGCUGUACUAUGCAGAGGAGUACGAGGAGGAAGAGGAAGAUCCCAGGAAGUACCAGGAGCUGCACUGCACGGAGCCGUGGUUUCACGGUCACAUACCGGAAGGUCGGCUGAUGGCUGAGAGACUGAUCCAGAAUUACUGUGCAGAAACCGGAGCACAAAAUGGCACCUUCUUGGUUCGAAAAAGUGACACAGUUGUCAAUGACUGCACRCUCUCAUUUUGGCGCGACGGGAGAGUCCAGCACUGUCGUAUUCGCUCYGGCACAGAGGGAGGCCGCAACAUCUUCUACCUGACGCCAAAUCUGCACUUUCCCAGCGUUUUCUCUCUGAUCCAGCACUAYAGAGAAACUCCGCUGCGCUGUCAUGACUUCGAUCUGCGGCUCACUGAAGCUGUCCCAAAACAAGACCCUCAUCUGCAGGAAGGGUGGUUCUACAGUAAUCUGAGCAGAGGGCAGGCUGAGGAUUACCUGCUCAGGAUUCCAAGAGAUGGAGCGUUCCUCAUCCGACAGAGAGAAGGAGAACCAGACUCCUUCGCCAUCACGUUCAGAGGUGASGGUAAAGUAAAACACUGCCGGAUCCAGAAGGAGGGGAACGUCUACCUGCUGGGCACCACUACGGAGUUUGAGAGUCUUGUGGAGCUGGUGAACUACUUCAAGAAGAAGCCGCUGUAUCGCAAAAGCAAGCURCGUUACCCGGUCACACCGGAGCUGGCUGAACGCUUCAGCCACCAUAAAAACAGCGCUGACAUCUAUUCUACAGAAGUGUACGUGAAACCCACUGAGAUCAAGCCUUCUCUGCCCCAGAAUACAGUCAGGGCUUUGUACAGCUACCAGGCGAAGAGACCGGACGAGCUCAGCUUCACCAGAGGAGCUUUGAUUCACAACGUGUCCAAGGAGAACGAUGGAUGUCACAAACACGGUUCACGUCCUGCUCUCAGGUGGAAAGGUGACUACGGAGGAAAGAUGCAAAAGUUCUUUCCUUCAAACUACGUAGAGGAAGUCUCCAACAGCACCCAAGCAGACACUAAAGCCCAGGACAUGGAAGACAACCCUCUUGGAGAACUCUGUAAUGGGAUUGUGGACAUCUCCAAGUGCAACAUCCAAACCAUGAAAAACGGUAAAAACGGGAAGCCCCACGUGUUGGUCCUGCAGAACAUGGAGCAUGAUGGGAUGGCGUUCGAUCUGGCCACGGACUCUCUGGAGGAGCUGUUUAAGUGGUACCAGGUGUCCUGGGACAUAACUCAGAGAAAAGCGAGCGAAGAGUACAACAAGAAGCAAGAGAUAAAACAGCAGGAGGAAGUGGAGAAGAAGGCAGAGGUUGCCAUGGAGAUGUCGGACCUGGURGUCUACUGUCAGCCGCGCAGCAAGGAGAAGGACCGCUUUGAGAAGUACACCUACAAAGAGGUCCGCUCCUUCGUGGAGAACAAGUUACCAGGAAAGAGCCGCACCAGGGACUUCCUGCAGUACAAUCGCAAAGCUCUGAGUCGCGUCUACCCGAAAAGUCAGCGGAUGGAGUCCUCCAACUAUGAUCCCUACCCUCUGUGGGCCCUGGGCUGCCACAUGGCAGCUCUCAACUUCCAGACCGCAGACAAAGCCAUGCAGCUGAACGGCGCCCUCUUCAGCCUGAACGGAUCCACCGGGUACGUUUUACAGCCGGAGUUCAUGCGUUCAGACAGCUACGAUCCUUGCCAGGAGAAGAAGAACGUCAAGUACAUAAUUAAGAUUAAGGUGAUAGCUGCAAGGCACCUCCCUAAACUGGGCCGCAGCAUCAUCAGCCCGUUCGUGGAGGUCGAGCUGUGUGGACACACCGAGGAGAAGUUCAAAACCAUCGUUUACCGUGAUAAUGGUCUGAACCCGGUGUGGAAAGUCCCGGCAGAACCCGUGGCGUUCAACGUCUACGAGCCAGAACUCACCUAUCUUCGCUUUGUGGUCAACGAGGAAGACAUGUUCUCAGACCCCAACUUCCUGGCUCAGGCCACAUUUCCUGUCAAAGGCCUGCGCUCAGGUUACCGCUCCGUCCCUCUGAAGAACGGCUUCAGUGACAACUUGGAGCUAGCCUCUCUGCUGAUCCACAUCGACGUGCAACAAGCCGGGAGGGCGGAGGAGGAGCUGUACUCGUCCUCCAACCAGCUGAGGAAGAAGCAGGCCGAGCCCAGCGAGCCUUUCCUGUACGACACGCACUCCAACCUCCAGCGCUCCACGCUGCCGCGCCAAGCCAACCACCUGCUGGUGAGGGAGUCCAGCGAGAGGCACAGGGUGAAAGAGAAGAAGAUAAACAACAGUAAAUUUUACUCCUGAGGCCUCACCUGUCUGAAUGUCAGACGACCAACUGAUGGAGAUGAAUUUCUCAUCACGUCACCUGAAAUGAUGACAACCUAAUGUUACCUAGAAAUAUUAUUUAUUUAGGGUUUUAAAAAAGUAACAACAGAAGGAUUGAAUAUUUUUAGUCGUAUAAAUAAAAACAUUUUGGGAAAUGUUACUUUUCUCGCAGGCAUCCAGCAGCRCUCCUCUUUAAUCAAACUGUUGUUCUGAUGGUAUUUAUUUUGAAUAAAAUGUUAAAACGUUUACCUGAAAUUAUCAUUUCACUGCAGGACACUUCUGCUGUUCUGCUCCCACUGCUUGUGUUGAAUUCUUUUGUUUUCAUUUUUCAGUUUGAGUGGAUUGUUUGACCUUAUUUUCUUUUUGUCGGGUUUUUUUUAAUCUGAAUUGAGAUUAUUAGAGAUUCACUCCGACACAACGAGAAUGUUCAUGAAGCUUCUGUGAAUCUGUUGUGACUGUGUUGUAAACUGUGUCAAUAAAGCAGCUUGUUUCUUUCA